AUGGAGAGCGACUUAUUGGCUGCCACAAAAUUUACGUUUGCCCGGGCAUACAAACCGAUUGGUGGAAGCGUAGUUGCUGCUAUCGUCGAGAGGAUAGUAAACCUGACAGAGAAGUUCAACCAUGAUGAAAAGAUGAUGUUCCUUCUCUGGGAGAUUUCAUCACACAAAAUUCCGUUCGGCGACAUCGAUAAUCCUAUAAAAGUUGCUGAAAAGGUUAUAGAAGGAGAACGCCCCGGUCCGUUUUCGGUUGACAUGCCAUCACUAUAUAAUGAUUUGGUUGAGAAAGCCUGGCGCAAAAACCCCAGGAAACGCCUAGCAAUUGGUGAAGUACGAGAUCAAAUUAAAAAAAUGAUGGAAAGAGGAAGGGCCAUAUCAACUCGAAGCGAUGCUUCGUCUUCCAUAACAUCUUAUAUGUCGGAUGACAUUAAAAAUGCGCCAUUAAAUAACUCGCCACUCCAAAAAUUAGCGGAACGCGGCCAUCAAACGAAGUUGCAGGCAAACAGCGAGAACAUCAUCAUUCCACGAACAUAG